CUCCGCUUUGUUCUGUUUUAAGGCAAAGAAUACGACUCCCCAUCAUCCACUCUCUCUCCCCUCUUUACUCUCUCUCUCUUUCUCUGUCUAGAAACCCAAACCCGUGAUUCAUUCAUUCCAUUUCAAUCUUCUUCUUCUUCUUCAUCUCAACGCACACCACAGAAAAUUUUCUGAUGGGUUUCCUUCGUCGCCAUUGACAAUGUUGGAUUGUCACUGCUUCCUUUACUUUCUGGUUCUUUGCAUUCCAAACGCAGCCGUAUUCGCCGUCGUGGCCGCCACUGAAUUCGACUUCGGCACCCUGACAUUGAGCAGCUUGAAGCUCGUCGGCGAUGCUCACCUGAACAAUGGGAGUGUGCGGCUCACCCGCGACCUCGCCGUUCCCAACUCCGGCGCCGGCCGCGUUUUAUACGCCAAACCCAUCCGCUUCCGCCAGCCCUCUUCCCCGUUUCCGGCGAGCUUCUUCACAUUCUUCUCAUUCUCCGUCACCAACCUCAACCCCUCCUCCAUCGGCGGCGGACUCGCUUUCCUCAUUUCUUCCGACGACUCGGCCCUUGGCGACGCGGGCGGGUCCCUCGGCCUACAGUCUACCGGGUCGGAUUUCGUUGCCGUCGAGUUCGACACACUCAUGGACGUCGAGUUCAAAGACAUCAACGGGAACCACGUCGGAUUGGAUCUGAACUCCAUGGUGUCGACACGUGUCAGCGAUCUGGGUUCCGUCGACAUCGAUCUAAAGAGCGGCGAUCUGGUGAACUCGUGGAUCGAGUACGACGGGUCUAGUGGGGUGAUCAACGUCUCGGUUUCGUACUCGAAUCUGAAACCCAAAGACCCGGUUCUAUCAUUCUCUCUCGAUCUGGGCCAGUACGUAAGCGAUUUUAUGUACGUUGGGUUUUCCGGGUCGACCCAGGGAAGCACGGAGAUUCACAGCGUCCAGUGGUGGAGCUUCAGCUCGUCGUUCGAUUCCCCUGUUCCACCGUCCGGGUCUCCGCCGCCGCCGACCACCACUCUGAUGAAUCCAACUGCCAGUUCAGUCAAAUCUCCACCGCCGUCAAUUCCACCAAGUGGGUCUUCUUCUAGUAACGCUACCAGUACUAAUCAGAAGAACAGCAAGUCGUCUUCUUCCUGCCAUAAUCAUCUCUGCAGAGAAGGUCCGGGAGCCGUCGCCGGAGUUGUCACCGCUUCCGCUUUCGUUUUGGCUCUGUUUGCCGGGGUUUUGAUCUGGGUUUACUCCAAGAAAGUCAAACUCGUCAAGAAAUCGGAUUCGAAUAUCGCUUCGGAUAUCAUUAAAAUGCCGAAGGAGUUCACUUACAGGGAGCUCAAGGCAGCUACCAAGUGCUUCAAUGCCAACAGAAUCAUCGGGCACGGCGCUUUCGGAACAGUCUAUAAAGGCAUAUUAUCCGACACGGGCGACAUUGUCGCGGUAAAGAGGUGCAGCCACAGCAGUCAGGGGAAGAACGAGUUCUUGUCGGAAUUGUCGACAAUUGGAACUCUCAGACACCGGAAUUUGGUGAGGCUCCAAGGUUGGUGCCACGAGAAGGGCGAAAUUUUGUUGGUGUAUGAGUUGAUGCCGAAUGGCAGUCUGGACAAAGCACUGUUCGAGGCAAGAACGCCGCUGCCAUGGCCUCACAGGCGUAAAAUUCUACUGGGAGUUGCCUCUGCUUUGGCCUAUAUGCACCAAGAGUGCGAAAACCAGGUGAUCCAUAGAGAUAUUAAGACCAGCAAUAUAAUGCUGGAUGAAGGGUUCAAUGCCCGUUUGGGGGAUUUCGGUUUGGCGAGGCAAAUCGAGCACAAUAAGUCCCCGGAUGCCACGGUGGCGGCCGGGACAAUGGGGUAUCUGGCGCCGGAUUAUUUGUUGACAGGCAGGGCAACUGAGAAGACUGAUGUGUUUAGCUUUGGGGCGGUGGUGCUGGAGGUGGGGAGUGGGAGGAGGCCAAUUGAGAGGGAGGUGAGUGGGGUUGGGAAAGUUGGUGCGUGUAAUAACUUGGUGGAGUGGGUGUGGGGAUUGCACCGAGACGGGCGGCUGUUGACGGCGGCGGACCCAAGACUGGAGGGGCAAUUUGAUGAGGGGGAGAUGAGGAAUGUGUUGUUGGUAGGGCUGGCUUGCUCACAUCCUGACCCAAAUUGUAGACCGGCAAUGAGAGGUGUGGUCCAAAUGCUGGUGGGUGAAGCUGAAGUCCCAAUCGUGCCAAGAACAAAGCCUUCAACAAGUUUCAGCACCUCACAUCUUUUGAUGAGUUUGCAGGACACAGUUUCGGACUGCAAUGGCAUGAUCACGAUCUCAACGUCCUCCUCCGAACACAACUUCGGCGGCGAUCACAUCGUCUGAUUAAUUAUAAUAUUUAACGGUGUAGAUUUAAUGUGAUAUUUCAUUUGUUUUUGUAUUUAAUUAGCAGCAAAAUUUUGGUGUUGAAUUAUUUGUAUAAAAAAAAACAUAAUUUAUACUCUCCCAAUUUCCUUUUGAAAUGCAAAAUGACUUGUAACUCAAACAAUUAUGAGUAUUCACUUUUGCUUCU